ACCACCUCAGCGUCCGUACUGAGACUUCCUCGAGCUGUACUAACCAUUAUGUUUAAAUAUGCAACUUUAUGGCGUCUUUGGGGGAUUUAUUACAACUUUAAAGCAAAUAUUGUCUAACACAAAGGGCUAUCAUGAAGUCAGUGUUGUGCAGGCCGGUUCAUGUGUUGCUGGAGGGCGGCUUUAGUAACUUCUCCGAGCGGCUGAAGGCGGCUGUGCUCCGGCUGAAGGCGGCUGUGCUCCGGCUGCCCGCCAUCAGGAGGACACAUUCAGGGCGUGGUGCUGAGCCCAUGGAGAAGCCAUCAUCUUCAGGCAAAGCAGCUCUGGAGGAGAGGAGGGGUCUGGUGGAGGACAGCUGGGUGCUGAGGGGGGCUGGGGGGGGGGAGGUGGACCCUCAGACUCCGAGGAAGAGCAGCUCCUCUCGCUCUUCCCGCAAGAGCUUCCGCCUGGACUACCGGCUGGAGGAGGAAGUGACAAAGUCCUGUCGGGACAAAAAUGGCCGCUGGACCAACCCCUGGCCCACAUGGCGCUUCCCCUCCUACACCACCCUGCUCAGAUUCCUGCUGCUGGAUAAAAACCACAGCAAUGUACCAACCAGUAAAGAGGCUCUGGACAACGAGCUCCCCGUGCUGGAGCCGUACUUCAUCCAGACCCCGGACCUCUCUGAGUCGGGCCCCGGGCUGAGGGUCACCUGGCUGGGUCACGCCACAGUUCUGGUGGAGAUGGACGGGCUGAAUAUCCUCACAGACCCAAUGUUCAGCCAGAGGGCCUCACCCUUCCAGUUCAUGGGCCACAAAAGGUACCGAGGGCCCCCCUGCACUGUGGAACAGCUGCCCAGGAUCGAUGCUGUGGUCAUCAGUCAUUCUCACUAUGACCAUCUGGAUGCUGGGUCUGUGGCCAGCCUGAACGCACGCUUCGGAGGGGAGCUACGCUGGUUCGUGCCCCUGGGUUUGAUGGACUGGCUGGUGAAGACAGGAUGUGAGAAUGUGAUGGAGCUGGAUUGGUGGGAGGAGAACUGUGUCCCCGGUCACGAUGACGUCACAUUCGUCUGCACACCGUCUCAGCACUGGAGCAAACGCACCGCGCUCGACGAUAACAAGUCUUUAUGGAGCAGCUGGUCUAUUUUGGGUCCGGACCAUCGAUUCUUCUUCGCUGGUGAUACCGGCUACUGCUCUUCCUUCCAAGAGAUCGGACGACGCUUCGGACCCUUUGACCUCGCGGCAAUCCCCAUCGGAGCCUACCUGCCCAGGGACAUGAUGCAGGGGCAGCAUGUAGAUCCAGAAGAGGCUGUUCAGGUCCAUCAAGACCUUCAGGCCAAACAGUCCGUGGCCAUCCACUGGGGAACGUUCACUCUCGCCUAUGAGUUCUACCUGGAGCCUCCGGUGCGUCUCAGAGAGGCCCUGGAGCAGAAAGGACUGAAGCCAGACUCUUUCUUCACUCUGCACCACGGGGAGUCUCGACUCAUCUCCUCCCAGGAAGAUGUUUUUGACUGAUCCCCUGUGCAUCUGAAACUUAGAGCAGAACAAUUGUGUUAAUCAUAAUUUCAUGGACUACAGUCAUUUAAGACUGAAAACAAUGUAUGCAUAUCAUCAACUGAAAAUAGUUCAUUUAAAUGCUACACAGUACUGUUUACUUAAUGAAAUGUCUGAGUCGUGCUAUUGUCAUGGUGGGCAAAACAGGAGCUGUGUCUUCACCCAAAAAUAAUUCUGAUUUGCUCUAGGCAAUGUUCAGCUACUCAUGGGAAACAUUUAAAUAUGCAGUGGAAGUGUCAAAGAGGAUUUAUAUCAUUGUAACAAAAAAGAGGUAAGAGCAAAUUAGCCAUAUCUAGAGGCUUGUGUUAACUUCCAUUAAUGGAAGUAGACAUUAGGGUGGUCUGUAAAACACUUUCAGCUCUAAGGAGGACUUCUGGUCCAGAUCGGACCCACAAACUGCCACUGAAAAGAAGUCUGCAUGCUUAUGUCCCCGGGGUGACAUAAUGCUUUUGGCAAAGACUGUCCAGACUUUAUUUGUAUAUCCGACUAUAAAUAGUCAAAUACAAUGCCAAUUUAAGUCACAUGGAGUAACUCGUGCUCGUCCCAUGUGAAUUGAGGUAUGAAUGUAUGCGAGUUUGUGGGGUUGAACCACUUACCUUCAGUAUACAGCAGCUUCAUGUUGACACACACAAAGUUCCUGUGAGCUGUAAUAUAAACAGUCAACUAUUAGAAAGUUACUCAGAGUAGUGGAGUUGCUAGCUAAUGCCACAAUACCAACAUGUGUUUCUCUGAAUGUACUUUGGCCAACCCAAAUCUACUUGAGAUGCAGAAAUGUCCAAAUAAAUCAGAUGUGUAUGAGAUGAAGCCCUGUGUGCUAACAGAGUGCUGCCGGGAGGUGCAGGCAGGAGCUGAGCUGGGAUCAGCGCCAUGCACUGCACACACAUGUCUGUGUGUGACGCUCUGGAGACUUUGUUCUCUUUGCUCAUCAGUGUGAUCAUUCACAUGUUUUAAUCUGAGGCUGACAGUAGAAUCAUUUGAGUACUAAACUAUUGAACAGAUUGUUCUUUAUGCUGGAUCUUUGAAGCCUGAAUGUAUGAAACGUGGACAGCACAAUGUUGGGUUCAGUUACAUUCACAAAGGCAGGGUGUGGAUUACACUGUCACAGUUUGCCAUUAAAAUAACUUGUGAUCAAA